CCAGAUCACGAUACCUUCUGGCCAGAUAAUGAGGACAUGGAAGAAAAGACUAAAGCAUAUGCAAAGAGGGCAGCAGCCGUCGCGAACAAAAUGGGCGCCGUGUACCAUCCAUGGGCAGAAGAUGCGCGCCACAGUCCAUGGAAACUUCGAUUGUUUAAUCUAGAACGAGGCUGCCGUGGCCUGCCGAGUGGAAACGAGUUCGAGACGAUGCGAAAUCUACUGCUAUCCUGGGAGAACACUCGAAAAGAAGGCGCUGUAGGGGAGAGAAGCCGCUACGUAAUACUCCUCGAAGAUUUGAACCCGAGAAUAGCAGAACUACUUGGGGUACUACUGGAGAUUCCUCCAGAGUUUUUCCUCUCUCACUGUAUUGGAAGCAAUACGCUCAGUGUUGUUGAUAAACAGCUAUCCAAGGGAGGGAGCUCAAAAUACUGGAAGGCUGCGGUGCCUCAAAACCGCACCCUACCUCGAGAGACAAAGCUUGGCAGGUACGAGCUUUUAUGCGGCUCUUUUUUUCGUUGGAAAGGUUCAUUGGAUGGUCAUAGACAUGUGUCCUUCCAGAGUUACGUAUCUUACUGGGCUAAUUCAUACAGGAAUGGCUCUUGGAUAGCUGUUAUCAUAACUGACCCGCACCCAAGUCGCCUGUUAUUAUUCCCGGCCUCGAGUCCAGACGAUCCAAAAACAAUUCAUCUAAAAACCCAUGAGCCACCGUACAAAUCGCAGUAUCGCGAAAUCGUACUCGAUUCCACAAAUGACGAUUUCACCCAACCACACGAGCGUUCGAUUUUCGAUGCGGUGGCAGAAGCAUAUGAAAAUAUACCCCCAAAAUCUGAUGACGAUCCAUUUUCGGCAACUUACAUUGUUCGAAAUCGUAUUCGCGCAUUGUGGGAGCAGGACAUCUUUUGGGAUCAAAGGGUUAUCUAUGAGACCGUUUACCGAAACGUGUGGAGUCACCAGAUCAGCCAGAGUUCACCUGCAUCUGAGAAUUUCGAGAAUAGAAUAGCCAUUAAUAACCAAGCUAUGACCGAAUAUCAGCAACUCAUGAGAAGACAACAAAUCAUCAGGAAUAACAGACACAGCAUCCGGGCAAUUAUACAUAACUUUCGCCUUUCAGACACAUACUAUUCGCCAGAAAAGACUUCAAAGCAUGGAGAUUAUAAGAAUGAAGAGAUUGAAUCAUGGAAGUUCCUUGACGAGAAACUUCAAUACGCCGAGGAAUCUCUCAAAGAUCAUAUGAUGAUGUACUCCACUCGCUCCACGAUGGAAGAAACAUACGAAGCCAAGAUGCAAUCGUGGGAAUCUAUGAAACAAACAAAGGAAGCAAAUAGGCAGACGGCCGCCGCCAACCGCAUGGCACGUAGCUCCGGCCAGCUUACCAAGAUUGCCACCAUCAUUGUGCCUUGCACGUUUGUGGCAUCCAUCUUCUCCAUGGGCGGGGACUUUGCCGCUGGCGAGAGUCUGUUUUACGUUUACUGGAUCAUAUCUGUACCCAUCACUGUGGGCUUGCUUACUUGGAUUCUGCAUGAGGAU